AAGGUUGACGAGAGCUACCGGUUAAGCGUCAGCGCAUCCAGUGUUCACAUCACGGCCCGCACUGGCUUUGGUGUGAUUGCCGCCAGCACCACUCUUACGCAAUUAUCGUACCGAGAAGCCGACGGUUCCUGUGCUCUACCCGCUGGUGUUGACAUUGUUGAUGCGCCAAGGUUUCCUUGGAGAGGUCUCUUAGUCGAUGUGUCGCGCAAUUACUUUUCCACCACCCAGCUUAUGAAAAUUAUUGACGGAAUGGCUUAUUCAAAGCUCAACGUCCUCCAUCUCCAUGCUACCGAUUCUCAGUCUUUUCCAUUGGACUGGGAAUUCGACGACCGAAAACUUGUGCGGGUCGGUGCAUACAAGAACAAAGAUGGUUCAUUAAAAGUUUACACCAAAAGAGACAUUGCGCAGCUCGUCGCGCACGCAUUCGCCAGAGGAGUCAGGAUUGUCCCAGAAUUUGACUUUCCGGGACAUACAACGGUUUGGGCAAAUGCCUAUCCUGAGAUUGUUAUGGGAGCAAAUCACGUUUGCUGGGACGGUCAAGAUGAUGACACAACUGCAUGCAACGGUCGUUGGGCAGAUCGCUUCUGCAACCAACCGCCUUGUGGACAAAUAAACCCAUGGAACGAACGUAGCUAUGAGCUGAUCAGCCAGUUUCUUUCGGACAUGACAGCCUGGUUUCCUAGCCCAUAUCUUGGCACCGGGGCCGACGAGGUUAACGCCAACUCCUGGGGUCUCAAAGGGAGUCCCAAGAGAUUUCAGCAAACCAUUCAAACCUUCCAAAACCGCAUAGCCGAGAUCGUCAAGAAAAACAAACGUCGGAUGCUGGUUUGGAGUGAUUCCAUUAUCAAUUACGGAUUAGCAGGAACGCCAGCGUUACCUGCCGAUGCUAUAACGAUCGCUUGGGAGAUACAUAGUCAAGCAGAGGUAGAUACAAUUGCCAAAGUGGGUCCAACCGUAAUUGCAUCUUAUCCGCAUUUCUAUCUCGACUGCGGCCCUCAAGCAACCUGGUGCGCCCCAUUCAAGACUUGGGAGACUGUGUACGACUAUAACCCGACCGCGGCGCUCUCUGACGUAGGUAAAGCCAAUGUAAUUGGCGGGGAAGUUGCAAUGUGGAGCGAGACGAUCAAAUGUGAUGUUAUAGAAUACGCCAUUUUCCCUCGAGUCGCCGCUGCUGCCGAGCGCUUCUGGUCCUCCGAGUCUACUGUUCGCAACGCGGACACCCCCAUCCGUCUCGUCGCAUGGUCAACCCGUGCGACUGAGCUUUUCAAUUUGACCAUGUCACCACUCAGCUGGAACGGCGUCCUGUCUACUCUGUAUCGUCCCGAAUGGUGUGAUUUCAAUCUGAACACUCCUGCUCAGAUGGGGGGCCAUGGAGUUAACUAUUGCGAACCUGCCUCCAAAUACACGACGAAUGACAUUCAAUGUUCGGUUUAG